AUGGCUGUGGCUGGGGGCUGUGGUCCAAGGGGGGGGAGGCUGGCCCCUGUGCCGGAAGCGACGGGCUGUGCCGAAGCAGGGCCUGGCUCACCCUCAGCAGUGGGGACAGGGGGUGGCGGAGAAGGAGCAGUGAUGGAGGCCCCCGGCUUUUGGUGGCUGCUGCUGCUGCUGCCAGAUCUCCUGUUCGCAGGCAUCAGAAGUAAUCCAGCAGAGAAUCCACCUGUCCAGGUGAAUGGAAUCCUGGGGGGAUCCGCCUCUUUUCCUCUCAAGUUACUUGCAACAACAACAGUGGCCAGGAUUCAGUGGUCUUUGCGAGUGGGAUCUGGUCCAGAAAAGGUGAUUGCUGAAUUGAAGGAUGGAAGACUGGAGUGGCAGGAUACCAGGGAGAGGUUUGGGCAGCAGCUGGAGAUGGUGGAUGGGACCACGCUAAGGAUCAGGGCCCUGGAGAAGGAGGACAGCUGUACAUUGGAUGUUCGAGUUGUGUUUGUCUCUGGAGAGGUUCUCAGGCAGACCUUCCGCCUCUCUGUCUUUGAGCCUGUCCCAGAUCCAGAGAUACGCCCCCACCUGGUCUCCAGGAGAGCAGAGGUGUGCAACGUGACCCUGCAUUGCCUGGGGUCUGAAAAGGGGGGAAUUGAGGUCUCCUGGAAAAGGGGGAACUCUUCUGAUCAGCCGGGUGUCCUAGAAGAAGGUUCGGACACAGAUCUCCACGUCUCCUGGCAGCCCGACUCCCUGGACUCCACCUUCACCUGCCUGCUCAGCAACCCCAUCGAUCGGAAGAGUGCCUCGUUGGACUUGGCCAGCAUCUGCCGGAGUGAAGGAGUCAGCGGGUGCCUCUCCUGGGCGAGGGUGGCCAUGCUGGUCGGGGUCUUGGUGCAGAUCCUCACCGUCGCCUCCUUGAACGUGCUGGAAAGAAUCGGGCGGAAACACAACUGA